AUGCCUCGCCCACGGUCCCGAUCACGAUCACACACACGAUCGCGUAGUGCAACACCUUCGUCACGACGAUCCGGUUCACCAUCGUCAGAAUUUGAUAGCCGAGGCGAUCGACCAAACGAAUAUCGCGUUCACAUUGCUGAAUUACCAAAGGGUGCACAAGAAGGCGAAAUACGGAAAGUCUUUCAACGUUUCGGCACAUUAGUCGAUGUUUGGGCUGCUAGUGCAUCAUGUUUCGCCUUCGUUACGUAUAAAAACAAAGAAGAAGCACAAAAUGCCAUCGAACAAAUGGAUGGAAGAUCAUUCGGAGAUGCUCGUGUACGAGUGACGUGGGCACGACCACGAGCGCGACAUCGUUCUCGACGUUACGAUCCCAAUAUGAAAUGUUUCAAAUGUGGACAACACGGACAUUUUGGUCGAAAUUGUGAUGGCGUCGCAAGUGACUCACGUUCAUCACGCCGUCGAGAUGAUAACUAUAGUCGGCGCUCGUCACCUCCCAGACACAGUCGUCGUUCAAGGUCUCGUUCACCACGUCCAUCAGAUGGUUUGCUAGUUCCAGCUUAUUUUCGUCAUGGUAUGCCAGUUUAUCCGUCAUAUUCUCGACGAAGCGAUGAUCACUCAGGAAGUUACUAUCCUUCAUCGGACCGAUCUAACGGACACGAUCGACGGUAUCGAGACCGAGGAACACGUCUUACACCACCGUCAACGAGUGCCAGAUACAAUCGAAGGUAA